CAUUCUGGGUUCGAACUGGAUUUGUAGACCCAUAUACUAAAUUGGAGCAAGAAGAUUUUGCAAAGUGUGACUACGAAUGUUCUGAUGAAAUUCAUCAAAAAUCAAUAGAUGGUUUAUUACUAGAGAAAUCUUAUUGUGAUUUACAACUGUUUCAUGAUCUUUGCAAAACUUUGCCUCCUGGAAAAAAAGGAUAUUUGUCUAAUUAUGAGCACGUAUUUCUAUGCCGUGAUCCUAGAGUUGCAGCUUUUCACAUUAUUUUCGUAUUAGACCAAUCCGAAUCUAUGAGCUGCAAAGAUCACCCACCAACAUCAGAUACGUUAUUUGGAAAGGCAUUAGUAUUACAAGAAGCUCAUAAUAAUCGAUUUGUUCUAUUUGAAAAUCAGAGUAUAUUUGAUACCGACUUUAUUCAAAAUAAACUUAUUGAGAAAAAAGGAACUCGGUUUGAUAAAGCAAUUAUACAAACAGAACAAAUUAUUGAUAAACAUUUUGACAUAUCAAGAUUGAAUGUUGUGAUAUUUCUUUCUGAUGGAUUGGACCGUCUUCCCGAAAAUAUAUUAAAGAAUAUGUGUCAAAAGAAUAAAGAAGAAAGAGGGUCCCCACUAUUUUUAAAUACUAUACAUUUUGGCGGUUCAAAUGAUGAAUUUGGCGAUUCAGAAGGAGGAGCUGAAGUUCUUAAAAAAAUGGCAGAAAUUGCGCAAACGUUUCAUGAUAAUAGUUUUUCUAAUAAUGUGCAAUGUAAAUUUGUAAAAGCGCCUGAUACAAUACAACUUAUAGAUAAUUUUACAGAUGUGGCAACUAAUUUGCUAGUUUACAAACCUAUACUGAUAAAAAAAUAA